UAAUGUCAGGAAAGAUUUACACCAAAUGACAGGUGGAAUUCAUACUACUUUGUUAGAAGUUUAUCACAACGUAAUAGCCAAGUAUUUGCCAAAAAUAUAUCAUUUCGGUUUUGAUCACAUGGAGAUCGGAACUAUGCUGGCUUCGCUCGAUAACAAUAAUAAUACAGGUAGAGAACAAAAACGAACAAUUGUUAAAAAAGAAGCUCUGAAAAUUUCGUUUAAAAGUCAUUACAGAAUAGCUUAUCGUAAACCAUCAAAGCGUUUUAGUGCUCGCAAGUUCUACGAAAAUAAAACAUAUGAUUAUCUGAAAGAAAUGCUUCGUGAGAUCCGUGAAAAUGCUGCUCUUGGUAUAAAAAACGUAAGCGCAACAAAAAGAAAGUCGAUGGCUCCUAUUGAAAGGGAAGCAAGGGAGAAAAUGAUUGCGGAUAGUGUGAAAUACAAACGAUUUAAAUAUUAAAAUAAAAGUGUAAAUAUUUUUUUUUUUACUGUUCAGUUACCACCAUCUCUCACCCAUUCCAU